AUGUCUGUAAACACACCUAUCAGGGAUCCAGUUCUAUCAAGAGCUGACAUCAGCAAGCCGUUCUCCAUACCCACAGACAAGCUUCGAUCUCCCGAGGAUGAUUUGACAUUUUGGCAAUGGAUGACAGUCUCUUGGGUCACACCAUUGUUGAGGUUGGCUAGGCAGAGGCAGUUGAACGAGGAGGACAUCUGGUUGCUGCCAUACGAAUUUCAGCACACUUUUCUGCAUGAUGCAUUUCGUCGUCUGAAGGGGUCGGUGUUUCAGAGAGUCCUGAUUGCUAACUGGAUUGACCUUGCUAUCCUCACUCUUCUUGAACUACUCGAGCUUGCCACAAAUUACUCGGAUCCGAUACUCUUACAGCAGUUACUCAAAGCAAUGCAGAACCUACCAACUGAAAGACGAUCUGCCUUGAUCUAUGCUCUUUUGAUCUUGUUGGUCCGCGUUAUCAACGCUCAGAGUGAAGUCUUCAGUCUCUGGUACGAACGUCGAUGUUAUGAGAGGUCGAGAGGCGAGCUGAUCACAAUGCUUUACGAGAAAACGUUACAUCGGAAAGUAAUAUCACAACCCAAGGAGAAAGAGGAGAACAACGAAGAUGGUGCAGGACUUGAGCGUGUAUUGACAGUACAAAGUAUCGAUGAAAGCACCCCUCUCCUGGCCAAUUCACAAGAUGCAAAACCAAGCCAGUUACAGAGAAUUUGGAAACAGCUUCGAGCGGUUUGGACGAAUUUUUGCAUCGGGGUCAAAGGCGUGGACGAGAAGAAGCAGGAACCAGCAGCAAUGGGCAAAAUCAUGAAUUUGAUGAGGUAUGACUCCUACGAGGUUGCUCAGAGAUUUUGGGAGUUUCAGGACGUUAUUGAGAAGCCUCUAGGUCUGAUCGUCUCGAUAGCUCUUAUCUGGCGCCUACUUGGCUGGCCAGCCCUUGUAGGUAUCGCAGUCAUUGUUGUGGCCCAGAUCAUCAACUACUUGCUUGCUCUGGUGGAUAUUCGAUUUGAAAAGGUUCGGAGAGCUACCACUGAUGAACGCUUACAGCAGACAUCUCAAUAUAUUGAGUCAAUUCGGCACUUGCGCUGGUAUGGAUGGCAGAACCAUUGGCUCAAAAACGUUUCUAAAGCUCGACAACGCGAGCUGAAUAUGAGAGUCAUCUCGUACAUCUGGGGACAACUUAUGGUCCUGAACAAUGUUCUUGGAUCUGGCUUUGUCCUUGUUGCAGCAUUCUGGGCGUACACUGUGUUCGCAAAACGUGAACUCAGUGUCGAUAUUGUUUUUCCUGCGCUGGAAAUAUUCGUCAUGAUUGAGGAGAACAUGGAGAGCUUACCAGAUCUGAUCCAGAACCUCCUGAAUGCCUACGUUGCUCUUAGACGUAUUCAAAUAUUCAUGGACGAACCGGAUAAACAAGACGUCAGCAACGAUGAAGGUGUUCCAGACAACGAGAUCACAUUGCACAGAGCUACCUUUGCGUGGCCCGGAUUAGCAUCCAAUGUUCUAAACGGCCUCAAUCUCUGCUUCUCACCAGGAAUCACGGUUGUCACGGGCGAAGUCGCUGCAGCUUACUGUGCCCAGACGCCAUGGCUUCAAAGCAUGACGAUACGUGACAACAUUCUAUUCAAUUCCUCUUUUGAGCCUGAGAAGUACAAGAAGACCUUACAGGUCUGCGCUUUACUGCCCGAUCUAGCUUCUUUCGAGAAAGGCGACCUUUCCCCAAUAGGUGAGAACGGUAUUGGGCUGUCAGGAGGACAGAAAGCUCGUGUCGCUCUCGCUCGAGCGUUCUACAGCGACGCGUCUAUUCUACUGCUAGACGAUCCGUUGAGUGCGCUUGACCAGCAAACAUCAGAAUACAUUGUUACCGAGUGCUUCCAAGGUCAGCUUGCGCAGGGGCGCACCAUAGUUCUUGUUACUCAUCGGACAGAUCUAUGUGAACCAAUAGCUGAUCAAAUCGUGGUCAUGAGCCAAGGCAGUGCAACCGCUGGAGGACGGCAUGCGCCUGCGAUUGCUUCCAACAGACAUACUCCGAGUGGUGCCUCGAAAGCUCAAUUGAUGCCUCUUGCUGGUGAGACAAAGCUGCUGAAGGAUGCCAUUCCUGAUAAAUUUGAAGAGGAGGAACACCGAGCCCAUGGCGACGUCAAGUCUCGAGUGUACUGGGAGUACCUGAAAGCGGGAAGUCUGAGUGCCUGGGUGUUCAUCAUCCUGGCUCUUUCUCUCGCGCGCCUUGUGUCAAUUUCACUCAACUGGUACUUGAAAGAAUUCAGUGAAGCAUACAAUGAUGCUGAAGUUCAUCAUAUACCAUCUAUCUAUCACUCGGUAUACGUUAGCUUGCCGACUUCGAAACCUUCGUUCCUCAACAGGCUGUUCGAUCGCUUUCCUGACCCACGCACGAAUGUCUCGCCUUGGCUGGUUGGACUUUUGGUCAUCAUAGUGGCUCAAGCUGUUACUGUUUCGCUCUCGGAAACAGCAAUACUGACUACAAGAUAUCUGGCUGGGAGGAACAUGUUUCGUGCCGUGAUGCAGAGAGUCACAAACACCACAUUCAGAUACUAUGAUGUUACUCCAGUCGGUCGUCUCAUGAAUCGGCUGACAUCAGAUGUAGGUCAAGUUGAUACAGGCAUUGGCUCUGAUCUUUACGGCAUCCUGUACUACACCAUCACCUGGCUGGCUUGCAUCUCUCUCAUCGCCUCUAUAACGCCGGUUUUCUUGGUAGUCUCCGUCUUGGUCACAGGCGUGUUUGUGCUCAUCUUCUUGUAUUUUCUGCCUACAUCACAGAGUCUGCGAAGGCUGGAGACAGUAUCUCUCAGUCCAUUGAUGACGAAUUUCGGUGCUUUACUGGCUGGUCUCACCACAGUACGAGCCUUUCGGGCUGAAGACCGCUUCCAGGCAAAGCUCGUGAAAGUGGUUGAUACCUUUCAGGCAAUGGACCACUUCUACUGGAGCGUGCAAAGCUGGCUCAGCUAUCGAUUGGAGAUCGUCUCAGCUAUAUCAACCUUUGUGCUCACAGCAAUCGCGAUAUACACCGACUUGUCGGCUGGAAUGACAGCCUUCAUCCUGGUCAGUGCGCAGAAAUUUGUGGCAGCGACUCACAAGCUCUGCCGAAUGUACGGAAGGCUCCAAGUCAACUUCGUCUCUGUCGAAAGACUGGUCGAACUACUCGAUGUUGAACAAGAGCCAAGUAACCCAGUUCCACCUCCAGCAUGGUGGCCAUCCUACAGUGGCAGUAUCGUCUUCGAGAACGUCACUGUUCGCUAUGCUCCUCACCUCGAACCGGCACUGAUUGACAUAUCAUUCGAAUUGAAAGGAGGCACGAAUACCGCCGUCGUCGGUCGGACAGGCUCCGGAAAAAGCACACUUGCAGCAGCACUCCUCGCCACAGUCCCAGUCGAGACAGGUCGAAUCCUCAUCGAUGGCAUCGACCUAGCCAAGGUCGACCGUCAAGCUCUCCGCACUCGGAUCACCUUCCUUGCUCAAGAACCCGUUCUCUUCGAAGGCACACUCCGACACAACCUCGAUCCAACCCACGCCCACUCCGACGCCGACUGCGAAAACGUUAUAGAGCGCGUAGCAGGCAGAUUCAACUGGACCCUCAGCACACCCAUUGAAACAGGUGGCAAGAACCUCUCACAGGGCCAAAGACAAUUAGUCGGGCUGGCAAGAGCCAUUUUGCGACGAAGCAGCAUUAUCAUCAUGGACGAGGCCACAGCAAGUAUUGAUGUCGAUACUGCUUGGGAGAUACAACGCAUACUCCGGGAGGAGCUAAAGGGAAGUACGGUCAUUACGAUUGCGCAUCGGACGGCAGCGGUGAGAGAUGCGGAUCAAGCGAUUGUGCUUGCGAAUAGAAGGCUGGAGAGCUUUGGACCGAUCGAGAGAGAUGUGGUGAGCGGAUCGAGCGAAGUGCAGAACCACCUUUGA